AUGGAAUGGAGGAAAGGUUUAGGAACUGUCUCGCCAAGGAAUAUGACGAAACAGUCGAGCGGUAGUGCAAGCGCAGUCUCGCUCGAGAGAACUGCUCCACCCGAAGGUGUUGUGCCAGAGCCCGACCGUUUGGCACCGUUAGGUGGUCGGGAUGAAUGCUGUGCUCGCCGCCGAGUUGCCGGUGACGCCUCGUCCGAGCGCCCUCGCCCGGCAGCAGCAGCGGUGGAUGCUUCUUCUUGCACCCUGAUAACCCGACAGGAAAUGCCGGACACGGUCGUCCGACAGGAAAUGCCAGACACGGUCGUCCGACAGGAAAUGCCGAGCACGCUUGCCCGACAGGAAAAAUGCCAAGCCCUGCUUGGCCACGAUGAGUGCCUUCACAAGACACCUGCGCCCGGCUGCGAUACGUGCCCCAUGCGAGCACACGCCCCAAGCCGCAAUCCCGGUUUUCUUUCUUCCGGUAGUUCCAGGUCCAGUCCUUCAGCGCUGACGUCCUGGUCUUCUGGCCUUUGGUCCUAUUGCUUCAGCUCAAACCUCCGGCUUCCUUCGGUUGCUGAUCUUCACUCGGCUCCGAAGGUCUUCUUUCUCUACAACCAGCAGUCCACAGCUGGUUCCUUGAUCCAGCUGGCGGGGUUCGGGUGGUCCUCUUAA